AUGGAUCACCUCCACGGCGGUUUCCAGAUGCCCAUGGCACCUCCACCGCUGUUGAACCAGCCGCCUCAGAUCUUCGGGGGCUACACGGAACAUGGCAUGCCCAUCCAGCAACUACCGCAUGACCUAGCUGUCGCACAAGCUUGCGAUAUGUGUAGAAAGAAGAAGAUCAAGUGUGAUGGAAAGCUGCCAGCUUGCACACACUGCAUAAACUACAAGACCGACUGCGUCUUUACCCAAGUGGAAAAGAAAAGGAGUCCUCCCAAGGGUGCCAAGUACAUUGAAGGCCUCGAGAACCGGCUGGGUCGCAUGGAACAUUUGUUGAGACUAUCAGGUCUGCUUGGAGACGAUGAUAAUGGGGCCACCGAUCUCGGAACGCUGGAGAAGAAACUCGCAGAGAAGACAGCACAGUCGAGACAAAAUUCACAGGCUGCCGCUUCCAACCCUACUUCACCUCAGACAACACCGGGUCAAGAUGGAAACAAUUCGACACCUCGCAGCUCGCUAGCCUCGCCUAUGCCUGAACCUGCUAAAGAUAAAGAGGGAGAAAAAAGGCCCUUGAUAGCUCCCGACAAGGAGGACAAGAAGGAGACAGAACAGGAGGUCUCAGCCCUGUCUGAAAUGAUGUGCUCCCUCGUCACCAACACCAACGGCGAGACUCGCUACAUUGGAUCAUCUUCCGGUUUCUCAAUCUUCUCUCCCAAGGGCAUUCAGUGGGUCAAUGAGAAGAUGGGUGACAACUCCUUCCAGCAGAUGAUCUCCGAUGUCUCGGUCGAUGACCACAAGUGGACAAAAUGGAAGCCUGACGUUUUUGGCGAUCUGUUCCGCCGCGUAAUUUUCAAGGAGCUACCUCCCAAGCCCGAAGCCAUGUCUCUCCUCAAGGACUACUUUGAGAACUUCAACUGCAUGUUUCCGCUCUUUCAUCAGCCGACAUUUAUGCACCUAGUCGAAAGACAGUAUUCCCCCGACCCGUAUCAGGGGUCCGGAUGGUGGGCGAGCUUGAACGUGGCGCUGGCUAUUGCUUACCGUCUGCGGGUAAUGAGCAACUUGGUUCCACAGGAAGAGGAUGAUAAGGCUUGGGGUCAUAUGAAGAAUGCCAUGGCAGUCUUCCCCGAGCUGACCAUGCGUAACACUGACCUACUCAGUGUCCAGGCUCUUUUGGGAAUGUCGCUCUUCAUGCAGGGCACUCCUAACCCACAACCUUCGUUCCUUCUCAUUGCUACAGCAAUCCGUCUUUCACACACUAUCGGCCUCCAUAAGCGCGGAACCGGCUUCAACCUGAACCCAAUUGAGAUCGAACAGCGGAAACGGGUAUUUUGGAUCGCUUAUAUGUUGGAUAAGGACCUCUGCUUACGAUCUGGGCGACCGCCUGGACAAGACGAUGACGAUAUGAACGUUGACCUUCCUGACGAAGACCCUGCCGACGGCAUCGGUAAUAUUCCCCUUGCCGACGGCAAAGGAAAGAUGAACCUUUUCAGAAAGAUGGUUGAGAUCUCCAUCGUGGAGAGCAAGGUGUACAAACGACUGUACGCGACGAAGGCUACGAAGCAGUCGGAUGGUGAACUGUUGAACACCAUCGGAGAGUUGGACCAGGAACUCGAAGACUGGAAGGACAGCAUCCCCAUCGACUUCCGACCCGAGCAUGAAAUCAAGGCGUCCCAUACACCACUAAUCCUUCACGUCGUCAUGCUGCAUUUCACCUAUUACAACUGCUUGACAACUAUUCAUCGCAUGUCUAUCCACCACGGAUACUGGACUAGUCGCCUGUCAAAUUUUGCCAUCCAAGGCCUCAAUGCAAGGCCCUUGAACCCUAGAAUCUUCUCCUCGGCAGCCCUGUGCACAUCGGCCGCGCGAGCCUCGAUUUCCCUGCUGAAGUACAUCCCUCAAGGCGACUUUUCGUGCGUCUGGAUGGUGCUGUACUUCCCUGUCUCUGCCCUGGUGACAUUAUUCGGAAACAUCCUCCAAAAUCCUUUGGACCCUAGAGCACGCUCCGACGCAAAACUUAUGAAUGUGGUUGUGACUUUUCUGUCCAUGCUUGGCCACGAGGCCGAAACCGGCGGUGUUCACCGCAUGCUCGGUAUUUGCGCUGAAUUCGAGCGCAUUGCUAAGGUCGUCAUCGAUAAAGCUGAGAAGGAUAAUUCGUCGCGACGCAAGCGCAAGGUGCAGGAGCAAGCCUCUGGUAACAAGGCACCAUCGAGCAAUACAGCACCCACGGAUCCUGCAUCUUCAUUCAAUCCGAACGCGACCAUGACACCGCGGCCACCGACAACGAGCAGUACAGCCACACCACAGCCAAACCAGGGAUCAGUGAAAGAUCAUCUUUCGCCGGGUGUACAAAGCACCCGCACCCCAGGGAGCGGAUACAGUCCAUUCAGCCAGAGUCCAUCACCGGGGAUGGCACCCAACGGAUGGAAUGACGGCUUCACAACUGACGCGCCGACAGGCAUGGAGGGCAUUGACUACAGCAAUUGGGCUGAUAUGACUGGAUUUGGUGCCAUCGCGAAUAUGAACCCUGCCGACUCUGCAGUUGAUGGGCUGCCAGACCCGUCUGCCGGCGACCCAAGAGCGAUUUACCAGCAGCCGAUGUUGCCACAGGAUUUGUUCAGUUUACCAGUGACAUUGGACUGGAACUGGGCAGAGAUGAGCGGUGGUGAAUAUCCCAGUGUCGAGAAUGGAAACUUUGGCAGCGAUGUAUCGCAGCAACGGUGA